UGAGUGACUGAGAGUCUGCCACCAUCACUGCGCUCACACGACGACCGAACCAGACGUGAUUCCUACUGAACCGGCGUAUUUUCCUUUUUUUCACUGCAUCUGUUCGUCUCCAGACCGAGAGCUGAUCUGUUCCCUUCUGUGCCAUGGCCACAGGAGAAGGAGAUGAAGAAUACUCCAACACCAGUUUGUUGAAUAAGCCGCUCGACUCGGACGGCAUCAAGCUCGCUAGGAAGCAUGAUGACGGGAACAAGUUGUCAAUCUGCAACAAGUUGUGCUAUGCCGUCGGUGGCGCACCCUACCAGAUCACUGGAUGUGCCCUGGGCUUCUUUCUGCAGAUUUAUCUUCUGGAUGUUGCUCAGCUGGAUCCCUUCUAUGCCUCCAUCAUUUUGUUUGGUGGCCGAGCAUGGGAUGCAGUGACGGACCCCACAGUGGGAUUCCUGGUCUCCCGGAGCCCAUGGACACGUUUCGGGCGCAUGUUGCCCUGGAUCCUCCUCUCGACCCCACUGGCUGUGGUCGCUUACUUUCUUAUUUGGUACGUUCCUCCCUUCGAGGACAGCAAAGUCAUCUGGUACCUUUUCUUCUACUGCCUCUUCCAGACCCUUCAAACUUGCUUCCAUGUGCCAUACUCUGCCCUCACCAUGUUCAUCACCUCGGAUCAGAAGGAGAGAGACUCUGCCACUGCCUACAGGAUGACGGUGGAGGUCCUGGGCACCGUGGUCGGCACAGCCAUCCAGGGCCAGAUAGUGGGCAUGGCCAACGCGCCCUGCCUCCCGGGACCCGCCGAAAUCGCUGCUGCACUGAACAACUCCAGCCUGUCUGUUGCACUCAAUGACUCUGGGCCUGUCAUUUCCCUGGAGGACACGAGGGCGGCCUACAUGAUCGCCUCGGGUGUCAUCUGCGCCAUCUACGUCCUCUGCGCUCUCGUUGUGUUCUUCGGUGUGAGAGAGAAAAAAGAUUCUUGUCGUCCCAGGUCGGAGCCUGUGUCUUUCUUCCAGGGAAUUAAGCUGGUGAUGGGACACGGGCCGUACGUCAAGCUGGUCAUGGUCUUCCUCUUCACCUCACUGGGUUUCAUGCUCCUGGAAGGAAACUUUGCUCUGUUCUGCAGCUCCACCCUUGGCUUCAGAAACGACUUUCAGAAUAUUUUACUUGUCAUCAUGCUUUCCGCUACUCUGGCCAUCCCCUUCUGGCAGUGGUUCCUCACUCGCUUUGGGAAAAAGACGGCGGUUUAUACUGGCUCCUUGUCUGUGGUUCCCUUCAUGAUCCUGGUGGUGUGUCUGAAGAGCAACCUGAUCGUCACCUACAUCGUCUCCUUCGCUGCCGGGGUCGGAGUGGCCGCAGCCUUCCUGCUGCCCUGGUCCAUGUUGCCCGACGUUGUUGAUGAUUUCCAAGUGCAGAACCCGAACUCCAGCGGCCACGAAGCUCUCUUUUACUCCUUCUAUGUCUUCUUCACCAAGUUUGCCUCGGGAGUCUCCCUGGGCAUUUCCACUCUCAGUUUAGAUUUUGCAGGCUACAUCAGCAGAGGCUGCUCUCAACCAGAGGAAGUGCACAUAACCUUGAAGGUGCUGGUUUCCGGCGCGCCCGUCGCUCUCAUCUUAGUUGGCUUGGUCAUUUUGUACUUUUAUCCAAUCGAUGAGGAGAAAAGGCAGGGCAACCGCAAACUGCUCCAGGAACUGAGGGACAACGAGACAGAUUCAGAGACAGAUUCGACAGAGCUGGCCAUCAUCACGUAGGACGACCCCGUGGACCAAUCGGGUGAUCGACCUGGCACUUUGCACUGGACAGGACCUCGGACCUGUCGGCCUUCUCGCAUCACAGAGACACCGCUCUGUCUAAUCACACCGCUGCUGUUGCACCCCCCAGAAACUUGUGUGCGUUUCUCAAAAGAAUCACUUCAGCCACGCUGCGGUCUCUUUAAACAACAAACACACCUGCCACAUCUGGGACUGUUUUCGUGCCAUGAAAUUCAUUUCCUCUUUUAUUCAGUCGGAUCUCAUGAAGCCUUAGGUUUUGUACAACUUCUGAGUAUUGGACUUUUUCCCGUUAAAACUGCACGAAACCAUGUAAUGUGUUGGGAUCAUCAUUUUGUCAGUGUUGCCAUUACUGGUGCUACUCGCUGGAACUGAGCAUAUUCAAUCCUCUUGCAUACAACCAACAAUAAUGGCCUUGAGCGCUGAGCAACAAACAACUUUAUCGUUCAGAGACGAAACCGUCGGAGGAAACUUGAACAAAGCGAUAACGCCUUAAUUUCUGAUCUGUUUUGGGUUUUUAACAUUCAAAAUGGAGACUUGUGUGAGUCACUUGCUCCUGAGUCAUUGACCUGACUUGCUGUGUAUUGUGAGCAUUUUGGAAUGUGUUUUGUAAUAUGACAGUUUCUCCUGAUCGUCAGUCAGUUUCCAUCUCACUCCUGUCGCACUGUUGUUUCUUUUAAACUUCUAUUUUUCUUAAAGAAGCCGUAAUAAUGUGAUGUUGGAACCAAUGGGCAGACAGUAACCGCUGUGGUCUCAUUGUUGUUCCCAACCAUUAAGCUGAAGCCACUACAUAAGAAAGAGUUAGUUUGCACACGUAACUGCAUUGAUUAUCCGGCAAUUGAAUUAUUAACAGCUACUGAAGACAGGAAAAGCUUUUUUUCUCCAAAUGCUUUCACUUCCUUAAUAUGGAGCAAAACAAAUGGUGACUGCAGCCUGUACUACUUUAGAGAUAUCAUUAUUUAAAUAUUUAUUAAUUUGGAUUCUACGGUCGUUGAAUGUAUGUUUGCUGGAAAGUCAUGCCUUCUGCAGUAUUUAAAUCUACUUAAAGCCUAUACGGUUUGUUUUCCAACUGAAUAAAAAAAAGAGGUGGGAGUCAAAAUAAUUAAAAAAAAACAUUCACCCCAUUGCUUCUGCUCCAUAUGCGUUUGAAAAGGGAAGCGUAUAAUUGUGAGGGAAAAAAGCGGAUGGGGAGGUGUGGAAGUGGACUUGUUGUAGCCUCCGUUGUUUGUUUUUUGUUUGACUCUUUAUUUUUCGUGUGUUUAUAUUUUACAUGUUUGAUGCAACAACCUGGGAUCUUUGUGAACGUCACAAUCCCGGUGAUAUUUAUGUUUGUUGAUAUGACAAUGUGUUCUCAUAUGUUAUACAUACUGUUACAUCUUCCACAUGUUUCUGACAACUGAGUUGUCGAUGUGAAAAUGUUUGUCUAUCAAUUACUUUUUACAAGUUUUUUUUUUCCUCACCAGGUGGUCCUUAUAUCUGUAUUAAUGGAUACUGUAUGUGCCAACACAGUGCCAUGCUCAACCCUAAACCCUGUUUCAACUGUAAAUCCUGUAAAUCUCAUCCUGUUUUUUUCAUGUUUCUUGUCUUUUACGGCUCCGUCUGUGAACUUCCCUCAUAACUCUUGGGGUUGUAGCCAAAUGUGUGAGCUUUAAUCCCACUGGGACACACAGAAGCCUUGUGGACGUGCCUCCUGUGCAUAUGUAGAUAUUGUAUGUAAACCUGUAAAUAUCUUUGAUAUACGUGGUUGCAAGUGAAAUUAACGUUGUAUAUUGUUCUGUAGUAAUUUAAGGAAAAGAUGUUGAGACUGGGAAAAAAAGAGAGGUUAAUAAAUACUAAUUGAUGAAGUGUA